GAAACGGUAUCUGCAAAUGCAGAGUGUGCGAGUGCUUCCCCAACUUCACUGGCAGCGCGUGCGAUUGUUCUUUGGAUACUUUUCCAUGUAUGGCAUCUAACGGGCAGAUUUGCAAUGGAAGAGGAACCUGCGAAUGUGGGACCUGUAAUUGUACAGAUCCCAAAUUCCAAGGCCCCACAUGUGAAAUGUGUCAGACUUGCGUCGGUGUCUGUGCAGAGCACAAGGACUGCGUUCAAUGUAGAGCUUUUGAUAAGGGAGAAAAGAAGGAAACAUGUUCUCAGGAAUGUAUGCAUUUCAACAUGACACGAGUAGAAAGUCGAGACAAGUUGCCACAGCCCGGACAGCCCGAUCCAUUGUCUCAUUGCAAAGAGAAGGAUGUUGAUGACUGCUGGUUCUACUUCACAUAUUCUGUCAACUCAAAUGGUGAUGCCAAUGUCCAUGUGGUAGAGACCCCAGAAUGCCCCAGCGGCCCUGACAUCAUUCCCAUUGUAGCUGGUGUGGUUGCUGGAAUUGUUCUUAUUGGACUUGCAUUAUUACUGAUUUGGAAACUACUAAUGAUCAUUCAUGACAGAAGAGAAUUUGCUAAAUUUGAAAAGGAGAAGAUGAAUGCCAAGUGGGAUACGGGUGAAAAUCCUAUUUACAAGAGUGCAGUGACAACUGUGGUCAAUCCUAAAUAUGAGGGAAAAUGAACACUGCUUGUAUAACUCCACAACACUGUAUGCAGCAUAGCAAUUUUUGUAGUCACAGUAAGAUAGUUUUAGGGCAAACUGCAGUGAUUUUACUAAUUCAUUACAUAUAGGUUUGUUUUCCUGUGCAGGUUUUGAAAAUGUACCAUAUGUAAUUUUUUUUUUUUUUUUGCAAAUAAAAGUAAUCAGUGCCAGGGGUCUGACAAAAAAACUUGAGACUGUGUAGCCUCAUCAGCUAAGGUCACAUGGUGCCUUUUUUGACCUUCUCCACGCCCGUGCUGUGAAUCCAGGUCUUCUGCAGGGUGCGAUACUGCUGUGGCGUGACCGGGAGGGACAUGGUUGAAGCGAUCAGCAUGAGGGCUCUGCCUAGCCAUUUAGUAUUAAACUUUUUAGCUUUACAGGGAAAUCAGGGCUUGAGUUUGCAGAUAUAAUUAAACUCAUGUAGCAUGGAGCUGGUGGUUAAUUGGUCUUCUACUUGCUAGAUAUGUGAUUAAGUAUAUGGUAAGUUGAGUAAGUUGGAAGCGAGCAGUGUAAAAGACUGAAAAGUGCGUGCAUACUUACUUGUAAUUUUUAAGUUGCUUAUUGCCAGGUUGUGGUUAAAAUGAAAGGGUUUGAGAAGAAUGUUAAGAAGGAAAAAAUAGCUUUAAAACACGUGCCAUUACUGAAAAAGUUGCUGACUGGUAACUUGCUUAGUUUUUCUUUGUGAAUUCAAGCCCUGGGUGGCAGUAUCAUGAAGUACCUUACCAAGACUUCCUCAAAACACAUAAGGGCCUUACGUCAUACCGUGUCUUUAUUCUGUAAUGUUUCCUUGGUUUAAAGCCUGGUGCUUUGUCACCCUUCUAAUCUUUUUAACGUAUUUGGUUGCGAUUCUUUCUGUAAUAUUUUUGUAUCAACACAAGCUUUUUUUUUUCCUUUUUUUCGGGCAGUCUUAGCUGUAAAUUUGCCUUCACCCUGUAGCUAAGAUUGCGUAGUUUGUCAUGUGACAUGAGUCACACAUCAUUCUUGACAUGUGCCAUGUAUAUUUGCCUUUGACCAUUCAAUCUGCAUCAUAGUCAUAUUCUUGUUUUAAGUGCCUUUUUAUUUUAACAGAUGUUCACUUUUUACAGUGCUAUUACUGAAGUUAUUUAUUAAAUAAAAGUACCUUAAAAUAC